AUGUAUAGGCUGAACGGUUUCAAAAGGCAUUUAUUCGAAUCGCGUUCAUUCUUGGAUGGAGCAGCUACAGGAUCUCAACUAGUGAAGCAAUUUAGUAGUAAAAGAAACACCAGCAUUAAUACUGCUACUCGAUCCAUUCAGUCGCGUGUGCCAACUAAGCCAUUAAUUAUACAUACCGGUAAUGGCCCAUACUUAGGCCCAACAUUUAACUGCAAAGUACUAACACCUAAAAACGAUGGUCGACCCUCAUCAGUUACCGACAAAAGAUGUAUUUUGCAACAGCCUGGCAUUUCAGCCGAUGGCAGAUGUCGUUGUACAUAUGUGGUAUCGAAACGUGAUAGUAAAGGCUGCGCAUCAGGAUUUUUGUUUACUUGCUUACCGAAAUAAAUUAGAAGAAGUCAGUCAAUUAUGAAUAAACAGGCAAACAAAGAAGACUGUAAGUCAACAAGUUGGAAAAAUUUGAAAGUCAUUA